CAAGAUGAACAGAAUUCUUCUCAGCAUGUUCGCAGUUGGCCUGUGUUUUGCAGUUGGCCAGGCUCUGAAGUGCUACAAAUGUGAGUUGGGCUUAUGGGACCUGUGCUACACCACCGAAGUCAAGUGCAAUGACGGGGAGAAUUGUUUCAGCGGCGUCGGAGAAGCAGUUAAGGUUGUGGACAUCAAGAUGAAAGGCUGCCUGGCAGUGAAUGAAUGCAACAAGACGACCACAACCGAUUUCCCUUCCAGCUCCAACCACACAGUGUACAACAUGAUGAAGGCCUGCUGUGACACGGACCUGUGUAACGCUGCCCCGGGCCUGCCCCAAAUGAGCAUCCUGCCCCUGGCCCUCGCCACCCUGACCACUGCCUUCAUGACCAAAGUCCUGGUGUAAAGGGGUGAAGCCCUCUGUGUAGCCUACACACAUGCAUAUGCAGAGGUUGAUAUACAUGUAGGUUGAUGGUUCACACACCCACACGCACUCAUCAGACAUUAGCACCAAUCUGUCCGUGUGUAUAAGAACUGCAUUACGUUUGUAUAAUUUAGGCCAAGGAAGAAACAUCUGUUAGUGUACCAUAUACCAGCUAAACUUUUAAAUUAUUUCUAUUAAAGAAUUGGAUUUGUCCUUGAUGCCUCUGGAAAUCUCAAUUUGUUUUAUGGCUCACUUGGAAAUGCAGUUUCAAACACAGACUAGCUUACUCAGUUGCACUUGGAAAGCAUUGAAUUUAACCUGUUUUGUAUGGAAUGCUCACGUACAAUUGGCAAGUUUCUAUUAACAUAAUUGAGCAAAUGUCUUCAGACACUUUAGUAGGAUGGAGAUCUGUCAGUCAGCAUUAUAUAACCAAUGACUGUUCAUACUGACAGACAAUUCAUUAAUCUUCAAUAGGGAGCUCAGCUAACAGACUAUUUUCUAUCUCUGGUGUUGGUUAUGAAUGCUUAUUUCUAACCACUAUUUCAAAUUGACGUUCACUGUUAAUUCUCCCAUUAUCCAGCCCC